AAAUUGUAUAGUUGCACUCAAAACCCGAAACCAAGAAUCCAUCAGAUUUUGGGAACUUCCACUCUGCCUUGGCGGUUCGAACCACAUCAAACAGACACAAGGAGACUCCGAUUCAGUGCUAACCUCAAGAGAUUCAGAAGUAUGGCGUCAGGGUGGGGAAUCACCGGAAACAAGGGCCGAUGCUACGAUUUCUGGAUUGAUUUUAGCGAUUGUAUGUCCCGCUGCCGAGAACCAAAGGACUGUUCUCUACUCCGUGAAGAUUACCUCGAGUGCCUUCACCAUUUCAAGGAGUUCCAAAGACGAAACCGUGUUUAUAAGGAGGAGCAAAGGAAACUAAGGGCAGCUGAACGGGAGGCCAAAGAGGGUAAACAUGUUGAUGCUGCUCAUGCAUAGUCAUAAUUGUCAUUCAGAGAUUGAAUAAUGAAGAAUGCAUGGACAUCCGUUGUUGUUUCAAACACUUUUUUUUUGCUGACUUGUUAAUGACAUUCUAUUCUGUCUUUUUCUGAAUCCGGUACGAAAUUCACAAGUCAUGCAACUAAGCCAAUUCAUAUAUUUUUUUCAUUGCUCCAUCAGAAAGACAGCAUUUUCUGCUUGAAGAUGAUGUUAACCAUGUUAUUGGUACUUAAAUCCUAUUUCCAAGUUCUGGUUUAAUCAAUAAGGCUAUUCCUCAAA